AUGCUCCACCUCCGGAAGCGCGUCCUCUCUCAUCUCCUCUCAGCCGCGCCCUCUCCUUCCACCUCCCCACUCCUCUCUCUCCACCGCCUCCUCUCCGCGGCCGCGGCUGCCAUUUCUCCGAACCCUAGCUUCGCUGUCGAGGGCUACCUCGUCGACGCCUGCGGCCUCACCCGUGCCCAGGCACUCAAGGCCUCCGCCAAGCUCUCGCACCUCAAGUCCCCCGCCAACCCCGACGCCGUCCUCGCCUUCCUCGCCGGCCUCGGCCUCUCCGGCGCCGAUGUGGCGGCCCUCGUCGCCAGGGACCCGCGGUUCCUCUGCGCCGGCGUGGAGAUAACCCUGGCCCCCGUGGUCGCUGGGCUCACCGGCCUCGGCCUGUCAAAUGCCGAGACUGCGCGCCUCGUCUCGCUUGCCCCCGACAAAUUCCGCCAGAGAUCCGUCGUCUCCAAGCUGGAGUACUACCUGCCGCUCUUGGGCUCCAUCGACAACUUGCUCCGGCCGCUCAAACACGGCUCCGGCUUCCUCGCCUCCGACCUCGACAGGGAUGUCAAGCCCAAUGUGAAGCUCCUAGCAGAGUGCGGGCUAGGUGCUUGUGAUAUUGCCAAGCUGUUCAUCCAAAUACCGACGAUCAUCACCGCCAGCCCAGAGCGCGUCCUGGAGAUGGUCGCGUCCGCUGAACGUAUAGGUGUGCCCCGUGGCUCUGGGAUGUUUAGGCAGGCGCUGCAUGCUGUCGCAUAUCUCAGCGAGGAGGAGAUUGCCGCCAAAGUAGAACAGUUGAAGAAGAUAUUAAGGUGGUCAGAUGCCGAGGUUCGCAUUGCUGUGCCCAAGUUCCCGGCUGUGCUGAGGCGGUCAAAGGACAUGCUGCAGCUCAAGUCCGAGUUCCUCUUCUCUAAGGUGGGGUUGGAACCGGUGCGCAUUGCUCACCGGCCCGUAAUGCUCAGUCUUAGCCUGGAGGGCCGGCUCAGGCCCCGGUACCAUGUUAUGAGGUUUCUUAAGGAAAAUGGAUUGACAAAUCAUGACAGAGACUACUAUAGUAUGGUGGUGGUCAGCGAGAAGGUAUUUGUGGAGAAGUUCAUAUGCCCUCACAAGCAAGCUGCACCACACCUUGCUGAAGACUAUGCAGCUGCUUGCACAGGACAGGUGCCUGCUACAUUCAGAUUCACAUGA